CGCCCGACCAUCCUUGGUUGAUCUUCAAGCAAUUCCCACCACCUGGCCCUGUUUGUUUCUCCAUCUUGCCUUCCCAUCGACCCUUUAUUAUUAUCCAUCUCUCCUGUCUACUUCGGUCUCGACUCAUUUUCUCCUCGAUUUGGUUCAUUCUUUCGUUGAACCUCACACAACUCGAAACACCCCCUCUUUCUCCCUUUCUUCGACCUCGCUCACCCCUGUCCAACUCGGUCGCUCGCUUUACCCGUGCAUCCCCCUACGACCGACUUCUUCAUCCAACCUCGACGAGAAUCCUAUUCUGAUUCUCGUCAAAAAAGAUUCGGACGCUACUAAGCGGUUAUAUAAUUCACAGUUCAUAAUCUCUAGAGGCUACAGCCUAUCCUCGACAUGGCCGCCCUCGCGGAACAUCCGGUUGUCGCUCAGACGUCUUACGACCAAGACCUCGACACCUUCAUCAACCUCGACCAACUCAGCUACACUCCUUCAGAACCAGCCCGAUCGAAAAUUGGUUUAACAUCACAGCCGUCUUUGCCUAAUUCGGAGUUGGUUUCUAGCGAUGCACGAAGUGCCAGCUUUGCCUCGUCCAGUCAAUCACCGGUCGCAUUUCCCGCCCCUAGUCAUCAAUAUGACGAGCACAAGCAACAGACAGGUCUCCCACCAGGUGCCCUGGCACAAGCCAUCCCCUUCAGCCAAAUGCCUCAGAUGGGAUAUGGUGGUGCAAGCCCCGGUUUCGCUAUGAACGGCGACAUGUUCCAACCUCAGAUCAAGCGUGACGAAGCGCCCCUUGACUUCAACUCCACCCCAACUCGAAACCUAUCAGAGAUGGACCUUGAGGCUGACGGCAACAUGAACACUGUGGCUGGAUAUUUUGUUUCACCAAAUGCCAACAAGAACCAAUUUGUGGACCCUAAUGCCCUUGGGGGACAAGAGGUCGUUCCCAUGGGAUCGUCCACCCAAGUUGGACGCAUGUACCCUGGUAUGCACCAGCAAGCUGCCAUGGCGAAGGCAGCUCAACAGCAGAGACAGCACGACAUGCUCCGCCAACAGCAGCAACAACAGGAACAACUCCAACAGCAACGCAACAACGCCACUCCCCAGGCACAACAGCCCCAGGCCUCAAACGCCGUGGUUGAGGAACGGAUCUCGCGCCUCUUGCAACAAAUGAAGUCGGCUUCUGGAAGCCCCUCAGAGUCUCCCUCUCCGUCUGCCGGUGGUCAUUUGUCAAAGUCCAAGAAGGAUGAGCAGGACAUGGAUGAGGAUGAGAGACUUCUCGCUAGCGAGGAGGGCAAGAAACUGAGCAGCAAGGAGCGCCGGCAGCUCCGCAACAAGGUUUCUGCUCGUGCCUUCAGGUCUCGGAGAAAAGAAUACAUCGGCCAGCUGGAAAGCGAAGUGGCCCAGAGAACUGAUGAAGCCAACCAACUACGAGUUCAGAACCGUGCUCUCUAUGAGGAAAACGCUCGUCUUACCGAUCUUGCUCGUACACUUUUGUCGUCGCCAAACUUCUCCCAGUUUCUCGACGAGAUGAACACCAAUGGUCUUCCCAGCGGCCAAGCGCAGCUAUCGCAACAGCCUCAGCAAUCGCAGCCGCAGGUACAGCAGCAGCAAGUCCAGCAGCCGCAGCCUCCGGCCAUGUCGCAAGCUCCGAUGCAGCAAGGGAACAUUCCCAAAGAGCCAGCUGCCAACCAUGGCCAGCAGGAAUUUCAAAUGCAACAACAAAACUCUCAGAUGGGAAUGAUGAUGGUCCCUAGCCAAGGUCUUGAUGUGUCUUCAAUGAACAUGAACAACGGUGGCUGGAACACUGGAAUUGAUGUCAACUUCGCCAACGCCCCGGUUUUUGCUGUCCUGGAAGUCCCUGAGCCUCCUGUCGACACUGAGAUCCUUUCUGGCAAAUCGACCGGCCUGGACGGCCUGAAUUACGCCGAAGCUCCUAGUACCAAGGAUGUUCCGCUCGCCGACCGCUUCCCCGAAGAACAACCCACCGUCGAUGCUGGGGACUUGAACGUGGAGGUUGAUGAAUCUGACCCCGUUCUUGCACUUUUUGCCGACCAGCCCAAGCAGUCCGUGUCACAAAUCCCCGAAGACUCAUCUUUCAACGGUAUCGAGUCUAGCAAACCGCCCGCCUACGAGAUUGUCGUUGAGAGCGACUCCAAGGCUGAUGCCAACCGACUUACUUCCCUCUGCAGUAGCAUGGAAGAUGCAUUCCAACGCGUUUCCAUGCUCACCGCUCAUCUUCAAUGAUUCCCCAUAUUGCAUUGCAUAUUCACUUGAGAUUGUAAAAUGCCCUGUUCUUGGAUUUAUUCUCUUUGUCCCACUUCCCCGUUCGUGCUUCCAGUCCUCAGCACUGCUUCGACAUGUAGACCAAUACGUUUCCUUUGUCAACGAUUCGAGUUAUUCUCGAAAAUACUUUUCUAUUCUGCUCUGUUACCGCCGUUUUGUUACUUUUCUCUUAUAUUCUGGUGUUGGGAAUGGUCCGGUGCGUUUUGGGCUGGGUUUAUCAAAUUUGUCUUGGGUAACUGGUAGCGAUCAACCCUGGUCAGGGACCUGGAUGACUAUAGAAAGCAAUG